AUGUACGAAGCUGUCAUCUCUAAGUUAAACUCUGGAUUAAAAUUUGGGUUAACGAACCACCAUACUGCAGAGUUGUCUAAAAAAUUAUUACCAACUUAUUGCGAUUCUACUAAAACUUUUACAUUUCUAUUCGAUCAAACUGAAAACACUGAUAUACUCGAAAUAUUAAAUAUGGAUCCUUAUAAUAUAGAAAAAUUUGAUGCACAUGCUAUGGAUUUUAUAGCAUUUAUAAAGAAGGAUGAAGAUGUAAAAUGGGUAGAUAAUAUUGGGACAAAACGCGUAGAUAAAAUUGGAAUUAAAUUUACUGGUUAUUUUUCUCCUGAAUUUAUAAAUGGUGAUAUACGUAAAUAUCAAUUCGAUCGUAAAAGCAACAUUUGUUUAAAUCAGGAAGCUAAAGUUUACGAUAAUGGUAGUGGUAUUAAUUAUCCAGUACUAUAUAGUUUUACCAUUGCAGCUUGGAAACUCUGUUAUAUUUUAGAUUGUUUUGCACUUAAUCGUAUAUUUGAAUUAAGGAUGUGA